UCGGGAUCAGUUUGAAACAUAUUAAAGUUAGGAUUACAUGUGACUAAAAAGCCAAUAGUUAUUGAUAAUAAAGCCCAGCCCAUAAAACGACGACUCUUGAGUCUAGACGGUUUUUGGAAUCUGAAGUGAAUCGUCGGAAAAAUUUAUCAGUUUCGAGAUUCGGAGAUCUGCAAGGGAGAAGAUGAUCGUUUGCGUCGCCGUCGUCGGCCACCAGAACAAUCCGCUUUACAUACAAAGCUUCACGGAUGCUGACGAUGCUCUCAAGCUCCACCACAUUGUUCAUUGCUCCCUUGAUGUCAUCGAAGAGCGAGUGAACAAUCCGAAAAAGUCUGGUACAACACUGAACGAGGCUUUUCUUGGCUUGCUCUAUCCUACUGUGAACUACAAAGUGUAUGGUUACUUGACUAAUACCAAGGUUAAAUUUAUAUUGGUCACUACUGAUUUGGAUGUUAGAGACACCGAUGUGAGAAGUUUCUUCAGGAAGUUCCAUGCUGCUUACGUUGAUGCAGUCUCAAACCCCUUUCAUGUCCCUGGCAAAAAGAUAACCUCGAGAACCUUUGCGCAAACUGUAAGCAACAUCGUUGGAUCGUACGGUUUGAACUGACCUUCUCUUAUAAGUUGCUUUUUGUACCUCAAACUUGUGUUUUACGGAGCAUUGAGCAAGUCUCAUUUCUUUAUCAUCAUAUGUUGUUAAUAUCAACUCUGAAAUUGCUGUAAGGUGACUUGUUGCUUCACAUGUUACCUUUUUACUCGACUAGUUCCUCUCAAUUUGACCUAAGCGGAUGCACUUACCAAAUAAUUAGGUAGUUUUCAACGUCCCGUAAAGACCAACUACGUUUUCAUAUCAUGAGCUGUAAAUGAUGCAAUAUAUGGUGGGAAAAUUCAACAACUUGAUGAUGUUCAAUGUAAGGAUUAGAGUUAGCAAUAAAAAUGCUCUUGUUAUU